AUGGUGAGAGAUCCCGCCGCUCCAGCUGGUCGGCAUCCAGCAGAACAGUCCCCAACGAGAAACAGAGGAAGAACGAGCCAAAGUCCCGUUACCGAUCACUCGCUGUCGCGAGACCCCUCCGAUUCUCCGAUGCUCAGCGCGUCGUCCUCCAACAACCAUUCCUUGUUUUCCUUUGGGAGGAAUAGUGUGCAACCACAGAGCGACGAAGUAAAUGAGAACACACCAACAUCAUUUGAUUUCCUGCCUUCCGUCAACUUCGAUGAUUUGCAGAGCAGUUUGGAGUCCGCAUCCACCGACUUCAAGCUGACCCAAUUCCCGUCGCCCACGGGUCAGGGUAGCAUCCUCGAAGCUCACGGAAUGGCCUCUACGGUUCCCGAGAAGACCAACAUAACGCAGUAUGGCAGCAGUACACGCGUCGCUACGUCCCAACCUCAACCCCAGAGCCAGAACUCGACACGAAUUGGAACGGCUGGGUCGAUCCCCAGGCGGCCUAGUAACGCAAGCACUCGAUCGUUCGCAAUGCCCGCAUCUGCGUCGACGGGCUCCCUUGCCAGUGGCCCCUCUAUCGAAGGAGCUCCGACAGCCCCGGCCGCCAUGCGAGCACGACGACAAAGUCACUACCCACCAGUUUCGAACAGCAACAUUGCCAAACCACCUCGAAAGUCGGUCGGUCCCGGAGUACUAGAGUCUGAGUAUGGGGCGCGGAACGCGGCACGUCGCCGUCCUAGUUUAACGACAAACAUGGAGAGGAACAUGGCAUCAGCCGGGCGAUCUUCUAUCGAUGAGGGGGCUAGGUUAAUCUUUGGAGAUCCAAACCGCAGCUCUACGAGUUCAAGGGCAUCCAAAGCCAAAUCUGUUGGGCCUCCACCGAGAGCCAGUCAAGCUACCCUAUCUCCCGACACCAGCAUCGGCUCGGAACACUUUCCGGUCGGUGGCACGAUGCCUCGAUCUCCGCGAUUUCCAGGUCAGAACUCUGCAAAACGGCAGUCAGUCAUACCAGGCGUCGUGGCGACGGGGCUGGGAGCUCGGACCAUCAGCCCAACUGAUUCUCGACGAAUGAAGCGUAUGUCGCUAAAGGCACCGCCAACCAGCACACCACAGGUUCCAAGUGUCCAGGCUGCUGUGGCGGAUGCGCGUGCUAGCUCCCGUUCACCGUCCAUGCUUCCGCGCAAGACCUCUACGCCCUCCUCGUCUCGGACCACUCCAGAUCCAAAUCGAAAGUCAUAUAGCUCUGGUCUAUCUGUCAACUCGGUCAACAGCUUCAACACCGUACGGACGUCUACAGGCUCUAUGCAACGGCCAGUACAUAAUGGCACAUCAAGAUUACCCGCACCAAAGGCUUUGAACGUCCACAACUCGGUCAGUCAAGAGGAGGAGGAAGACGUGCCCCCUGUUCCUGCGAUCCCCAAGGCCUAUGAAUCACCCAAGGACUCGCCAGCCGAGUCCUCGUUCUUGGAUAAGCGAAAGUCUACCCUAGCAUUUGAUGCGAGCAGUAUCCACAGCGCCUCAACGGGGAGUUUGUCAACAUAUCCAUCCUUGGAACAGCCUGGGAAGGUAUCGAGAAAAAGUAGUGUUCGAAAGGUCAGCCACCCGAACAUUACUCUGGAUCUGGACAAGAAGGGCAAUGUUUCGCAAUCCAAGAAAAACCUCCAACCUCUGCGGCUACCACCGCUCACCCUUGGGCCCCUGAGUACGCCUACAGCGGCAAAAAUCGCGGCUCUCCAAGAACAGGGCUCAGCUCAGAGCCUCAGCGCGACUCCUCCACCGACCCGACGAAACUCCAAAACACCCACCACACCCAUGACCGCAUCCAAAAGUUCAUUCUUCUCAAGGCAUCGGCAAGCUGAUAAGACGGAAGGAGGCAAUCUCAGGAGCCGCAGCUCUGUCUACAAUAUCCGGACCGAGAGUCCGGGACAAACAAUCGAAACAAACUCGACAGACUCUUUCAAGGCUAUAAAUGUUCGACAGCCGACACAGAAGCCAUCCGUGUCCCCGUACUUGUCUUCAUCACUUCCCAAAGGGGGGCUGGAGGGUGCGGGAGGGUUCACGCAGCAAAGAAGAACCAAGACUGGCAACGGUUUCAGCAAUGGUACCGAUUUCACUGUAGGGUCAAGUAUCACACAACAACGCCCGUCUGGGCCUCGUGAACCUGUAGCAAGCAAGCCCCGUGCACCAAAGUCUCCCGGUCCACUAUCAAGUCCCGAUGAGCCACCGACCCCAUCUUCGAUGAGCUCGCUCAGGCGGAAGCUCAGCUUAUCCUGGAAGCGUAGCGCAUCGAAGGCGAGCGUCCUGACCAACGGGGAUAAGCCUCUUGACCAACAUGCGACCGAGAGCAUGCCUCCGCCACGCCUUCCAGCCUCGUCGACAUUGAAUCAACUGCCAAAGAAGCCACCGAGCCCAAGUGCUUCGUCAAAACCCAACGGUAACUCGAGCUAUCUUGAAUCUCGACGGCGCAAGAGUUCAGCCUCAAGUCUUAACGCAAUUGUCGCGCAAGAUCGUGUGCGCAGCGACAUCUGGGGAUCCAAAAAUGAAUCUGGCCAGAGCAACACCUCGGACCGCCCGCCGUUGUCUCACAGUUCUUCAGUGAUGCAAAAAAUCCUCAAGCCGAGGGCGGCACCCAACGCAAACCGCCGUCAGGAUGUUUGGACUGCGGAUUUGGACAAGGAUGAUCUCAUUGCUGAGGAAGAGAUGAGAAAGUUUGGGUCGCGCAGAAAGGAGACUGAAUUGGCAGCCAAGACGUUGGAUGCCCUGCGAAAGAGGGCCAGUCCCAAGGAGCGUGUGAGUCCGCAGGAUGCCAUCAGGAUCGCCAUGCUGAACAUUUAUGAGCGCGGUGAGAUUGUGGAUUACAACGAUAUCUACUUCUGCGGCACUCAGAAUGCAGCCAAGGUUGUGGGCGAUCUCAAGUCGUCCAUUCCCAACUUUGGAUAUGAUGAUGAGAGGGGAGACUACGCAAUUGUGCCCGGUGAUCACCUGGCCUACAGGUACGAGAUCAUUGACGUCUUGGGCAAGGGCAGCUUUGGACAGGUCGUGCGCUGCAUUGACCACAAGACCGGCGUGCUUGUCGCCGUCAAGAUAAUUCGGAACAAGAAGAGAUUCCAUCAACAGGCUUUGGUCGAGGUCAACAUCCUGCAGAAGCUGCGGGAAUGGGACCCCAAGAACAAACACAGCAUGGUCAACUUCACGCACAGCUUUUAUUUCCGCGGCCACCUCUGUAUCUCGACUGAGCUGCUGGAUAUGAACCUUUACGAAUUCAUCAAGGCGAAUGCGUUCCGUGGCUUCUCGUUGAAGCUCAUCCGGCGAUUCACUAAACAAAUGCUGAGCUCUCUCAGCCUUCUGAAGCAGCACCGAGUUAUUCACUGUGAUCUUAAGCCUGAAAACAUUCUCCUUCACCACCCACUCCACUCUGAGAUCAAGGUCAUCGACUUUGGCUCCAGUUGUUUCGAAAACGAGAAGGUAUACACCUACAUCCAAUCACGAUUCUAUCGCUCACCCGAAGUCAUCUUGGGAAUGACAUACGGCAUGCCCAUUGACAUGUGGAGCUUGGGCUGUAUUUUGGCCGAGCUUUACACCGGGGUACCGAUUUUCCCGGGGGAGAAUGAACAGGAACAACUAGCUUGCAUUAUGGAAGUUUUUGGACCUCCCGAAAAACACCUCAUCGAGAAGAGUACUCGUAAAAAGCUCUUUUUCGACUCAAUGGGCAAGCCUCGCUUGACAGUUUCUUCAAAGGGCCGCAGGCGUCGUCCCUCGUCGAAAACACUCCAACAGGUCCUGAAGUGUGAUGAUGAGGCCUUCCUCGACUUCCUGGCCAGAUGCCUGCGCUGGGACCCUGACCGCCGCAUGAAACCCGAAGAGGCUAUUCGACAUGAAUUUAUAUCAGGCAUCAAGGCUUCUGCCCCUCUCCCACGAGUUGCUGCCCGUGACGGGUCUCCUAUCAAGCGACACAACACUAUAUCCACCCCUAGGCCUCUGCCGGAGCCCCCUGGAGCCUCAGGAGUCAAGACUGGUAAUAACUUUGCGCGAGCUAGCCCGCAAAAAAUGAUCACGGCUGGUUCACGGCGCGCGUCAAAUAUGUCAACAGCUAGCACCGUUUCAGCUGCGACAAAACGUGUUAGUACGGGAACUGGGACCCUGAUGGUGGGCUCGAGCAACCUCCCAAGGGCUGCUGGUCGCUCCGCUAGUGCCAAACAAGACCUGGCAGCUGCCGGAGCUACAGCGGCGAUGAACCGUCGGGCGUAG